AUGGCCCCAGAGGUGGUGAAGAGGGAGCCUUAUGGUAAGCCAGUAGACGUGUGGGGCUGUGGAGUCAUCCUGUUCAUCCUGCUGUCUGGCUGCCUGCCCUUCUACGGCACCAAGGAACGCCUGUUUGAAGCCAUCUGCAGAGGCAAAUACAAGGUAGUAGUUGAUUUACAAAACUCCACCACACAAUGAUGUGUACAAUAAUAACUCCACUCUGUGCCUAUGGUAUUAGUAGCCUUAUCCCACCUGAAAAUGUGUGUGUGCUUUUCUCUCUCUCCGUGUGUGUCUCCAGUUAAACCCCAGGCAAUGGGGUCAUAUCUCAGAGAGCGCUAAGGACCUGGUGAGACGGAUGCUCAUGCUGGAUCCUGCAGAGAGAAUCACUGUCUACGAGGCACUCAACCACCCCUGGCUCAAGGUACACACACACACAGUCUGCCUUAACCCCUACUGGAUCACAGCAUACUGUAAAUGAUGGUGCAUUGUGUGAACAUUUUGUGUGUGGGGGGGAGGGGCUGUAUUUCAAAUGGUACUGUAAUUCCAUCCCACAGAAUACAGUACCGUAUCGUAUGUUUGCAGUGCCAAAAAUAUUUUGACCACAAAUGGGUGCAUGGUAUUGUUGUUUCUGGAAUAUUUUGAGGCGUGCCUUGAGAGAGGCUAUAUUUGAUGCACACGUUCGUGAAAGUGCUGUAGAAAUCUAACUGCUAUGUGGUAGUAGUGCCCCAUCACAAAUCUAUAGGGGACAGUUAGUGGCAGUUAGUCUUAAACCUUUAAUGGUUGAACAUUUUGCCAUGUCCUUUUGGUCUAUUUUGCCCUGUAGUUGCUGUCAGUUUGGAAGCCUUUGUUAAGGCCUCUAGAAGUGGAAGUUAUAUAAAACAACAAAUAUUGAUAUGCUAUAAUGUAUUAACCUAGCAGUCAACCUGCUUGCACCAAUCCCAUUAAUUACAGUAUAAUACUGUGAAAUAUAAACCCCAAUACCGUCAAUGAAUUUCAUCCAUCCAUUCAUUAAUUUAUUCAUUACAGUUAUGAUAGCAUUUACUUUUUUACAGUGUAAUACAGUAAAUUCUAUGGUAUUGUACUGUAUGCCAUUACACAGUCAUUGCUUUGAUACUGUAUUUAGAUUACAGUAGGUUUACUGUAAUAUUAAAUACAGUCACUUAUGCCAAUGAGCUGCCUGUAAGUUACUGUCAAAUUCACUGCAACACCUUUACAGUGUACAAACACACACAUAUACACACACAAACAGCGUCUUCUUGGGCUACUGAAAGGCUAGUAAAGUGAGAUUGUGUAUGCGUUGAUCAGGAGAGAGACCGUUAUGCCUAUAAGAUCCACCUGCUAGAGACAGUGGAACAGCUGAGGAAGUUCAACGCCAGGAGAAAGCUCAAGGUAAGCCCCCCAAAUUCUACUUUCCUUUUCUAGUUGGAAUGACAAUAGGAGUGUUAUUGUUUUGAAACGUUUGGUGCUGACAUGGAAGAUAGUUUGUCUAACUGUCUGUGUCUGUCUCAGGGAGCCGUACUGGCAGCAGUCUCCAGCCACAAGUUUAACUCCUUCUACGGAGAUCCACCAGAGGAAAUGCCUGACUUCUGUGAAGACCCCACAUCCUCGGGUAGGAGGAACACACACAUACAAACACACACACGUUUGCACACACACACACAUGCAUACACACACACGUUUGCAUGCACACGCACACACACACACACAUUAUAGAAGCUCCCUGACAUUCUGACACAACCUCAGGUAGGAAUCACACACAUACACAUCAAUAUGUGUCAAUAUUUACCACUCUGGGUUCCUGUUCCCCGGGCGCCGAUGACGUGGAUGUCGAUUAAGGCAGCCCCCCGCACCUCUCUGAUUCAGAGGGGUUGGGUUAAAUGCAGAAGACACAUUUCAGUUGAAUGCAUUCAGUUGUACAACUGACUAGGUAUCCCCCUUUCCCUUUGUCCUAUGUGUUUCUGUCUUUUUCAAGUAUCUUCUUUAGUGCUCUAACUCUUACACAGGCUUCUCAAACUUCAGUCCUGGAGAGCUACUGUACUGGGCUUGCAGGCUUUUGUUCCAGCCCAACACUGUAAAUCAUGGUCUCUACUGAAGACAUACACACAUAGUUUAUCAUUUCAAUCAGGUGUUACUGCAUGAGUGGAGUGUCUAACCUCUGACACAGUACUGCUUUUAUUUUUGUUGGACUAACAAGUCAAUUCAGCACCUCUGAAAUCUUUGGAUGGUCUGUACUGUUUUCAGAGAAUGUUUCAGCCACGAUUCUAGUUAUUCUUUACCAUUCCUGUGUCCAUGUAGUCCCUAUAUGAGAAUGAUAACUUAGUCAAUUUGUCUAAACUUAAACUCUGUGUUUGUGUUAAUGCUGCCCUCCUGAUAGGACUACUAGCAGCAGAAAGUAGGUAUCCCUCCUCUAGGUAUAUACUGCUCUGUGUGUGUGUUCUGUAUCUGUCUGUGUUGUCCCUAGUUCUCUAGCACUCAACUCUUACACACCUAGAUCCUGCUUGUGUGUGCUUUGUGAUUGUCCAUUUUGUUUUAUCUUGCAUUAUUUGUCCCUUUUGCCAUUUCCUGUUCAAUGUAUUCUCUUGUAUUGUUCUGUUGCGUUGCCUACAUAACUGACUGACUGAUUAUGGAUUGUCUGGUUUGACAUGUGCGUUUGCGUGCAUUGUGUGUGUGUACAGGGGCUGUCUCUCAGGUGCUGGACAGUCUCGAGGAGAUCCAUGCGUUGACCGACUGCAGUGAGAAAGAUAUGGACUUCCUUCACAGUGUCUUCCAAGACGAGCAUCUACACACACUACUAGACGUGAGUAGACACACACACACACAAACACACAAGUAUACGCAUGACACUAGAUUUGAGUGGACUACAUACACACACAUCUACACACACAGAAUGAGACAAACACAUAGGCAGACAUACUGCUAGUCAGGCCACUAAAAUGUAAGUCAGACAGAUAGUGUUGUUUCUGUCAUUAGAUGACGCUAUCUGCACCAUGUUAGCUGUGACAAUGAGUAAUCUUUAUCCUCCUCUCUCUGACUGACUGAGUGACUAACUCAUAUCUAUAUGGCGGAGGGGAGUUUAGCUGUAGGUCAGACACUCCGAAACUCCAAUAUGCUAACUCCAUUUUGUCUGUAGGUCCUAGCUGACUACAUUAACGGCUCAUUUCCUUUAGCUAGCUAUCUAGCCCCUGCCUGUAGACACAUUCCCUUGUUGACAUGAAAACAAGUGGAUAUAGGUGGGAGAAAGAUUGUGCAACCAUAUUGUCAUGUUGUACUUACAGAAUGGAAGUGGUAGAUGGAUAUUUUAUUAUCCUUUUCCCCUGCCCCCCCCCCCCUCGCUAUUUAUCUCACUCUUUCUCUCUCCCUCUCUCUUUCUCUGUCCCUCUCUCUUGCCAGUGUUUUCUGUGUUUUGUCUGUCACCCGGAACUCAUAGCAGCCAGCCAAACACCAAACCUCUCUGCUCCAGAGGGCAUCAGCAGUUCACUGCCAAAACACACACACACCCACUCACAUACUCAUACACACACCCUGCAGAGGGAAACUAUGCUGCGCUCAUGAUUUCAUGCCACAUUAGGAGAGCGGCUGUCUGGCUGUGUGUGUGUGUGUGUGUGCGCGCGCGCGUGCCAUGUAUGUGACUGAAGGCUAUCUGGCUAGGGGAAACCAGGUUUUACUAAAGGGCUUAGAGUUCACUUGAGGCCUGUUGACUCUAAAAAACUCUUAUCUUAAUCCUGUAGGGGUCUUCGUAACACUUGAAUCACACCCUUCAUCACAAAGUAUAGCAGUUUAUGCAGCUUCUGGCAACUGACUUGACACAGUCAUAACACAAACCGUUAUCUAGGUUGGUUGGCUAACGAUAACUCUGUUGACCCUGUGCCGUGGGAUGGUUUGUUUGCUUGUUUAUUAAUUACUUAUCUAUAGAAGGCUGAGUUAGAGUUGAUCUGUGUUAGUGUGUGUGCGCGCAUUCAUGUGUUUUAUGAACUUAUAAAGCCUACAAUAUCUGAAGUUGAGGGGGGGGUUGGGAAAGGGAGUUACCAAAUAGAGUGUUAGAAAAGGGUUAGUGGAAAAGGGAGGAAGGGGGAGGAUGAGGGAGUUGGGGAGGAAGCUGUUGCUUUCAGACCCUGCCCCAGUUGCCAGGGGCUGAAUGGGUGCAAGAAGAAAAGAGGAGAAAGAGAGGAAGACUUGUCUCCAACUCUCUCUCCCUGGGAAGGCCUUUCACUUGGAACCUGUUGCUGAAGAUUCCCAUUAGAGAGAGAGAGAGCGAGAGAGAGAUCACACUCCUGCACUGAAAAUUGAGAGAAAGAGGAGACCCAGACUCCUUCACUGAAAAGAGAGAGAGACUCCCACAAUCCAGCUCUGAAAAGCGACAGAAACAAGGAGAGCGAGAAAGACCCAGACUCUGGGUGCUAUUGUCAGGCCUUAGCCCCUUUCACUGCUGUGUGACUCCAGGCUCCAGACUCCUGCAGUAGGGUAUCUGUGAGUACAUCUGUAGGGCUGACGUUACCAUCCUCUCUACUCGCACACAGAGAGGCUCAGGGAAACUACAGACCCACUGGAAACGGAAUGGACUAACAGUAGCCUAGUCUAGAUGCUAAGCUAGCUUAGUGCUUGUUGUGCGUAUUCUCUUCUGGGUUAGGGUGUUUGGCUACUGCUUGGGAUCUGGUUGGUGAGUCGGUCUUGUUGUUUCAGUGUGUGUGUGAGCGUGUGCACACAUUUGUGUGUGUAUCCUUUUAGGGAGAACAUUGUUGACUAACUUCAGACAACUGUUUGACAGUUAGGCAAAUUAGUGAUAUGUUACAUGACUAUAUUUUAAGAGAUGUGUAUAUACACUUUUUUCUGAAUAUGUCAGGUUUUGAUAAGCAAUCUGUAAGAUCUUUGAUAAUGGUAGCACGUAGCCGCAUUAGUAGUUUGAAGUAAGUGCCAAGUGUAAAGUUCAUACAGUAUGUCCUACAGUAAGAAUACUUAGAGGCAGUUUUAUAAGACAGUUUUUGUCAUCACAUCUGAACAUAGCGAGCAGAUCUGAAAAUAGCAUUUCCUGUUAGCUGCCAAGACUUCACACAUAUACACCUACUCAAACAUAAGCAGUGUGUGUGUGUGUGACUGUGUGUGUGUCUGUAUGUGUCUUCAUGUGUGGGUGCGUGUGUAUGGUUCCCAUGACCCUGCAGAUGGCUAUAUCGGUCUGUUAAUACUGGAGUUGUAAAAGCCCAGUGCACUACUUUUGUGGAAUUGUUUAAUUUUCUAAUAUUAUUAUUAAUAUUAUUAUUAUUAUUAUAUAUAUUCUUUGUAUUACUUCCGAUUUUUCAGGGGGUGCUGCAGCACCCUCAGCACCCCUACUUCCCGCAGUUAUGCCCCAUGUCAUGACAAAAAUACUCCUGAAUGCAUCAUUUGUUGAAUUUUAGAUUCUCCCAGACUGUCCAGCUUUUAUUUUUGGUUAUUGUUAGUUCUCAAAGAUGAUCUUAUUAAAAAAUAUAUAUAGGUCCAUUAUCCUUUCUACAUCAUUUAUAUCUUGGUUUUAGUUGUUUAAGUUUACACUGAAAAUAUUUUUCCAUCCCUGUACUGUUCGGACAUAGGCGGCCCGAAAAAACACUUAUGCGGCCCGCCCAAUACUUUUCUAUGCAGAAAAAACUAGAACCUAGUUCUCAUGUCAGCCUUACACAGUAGGAGCAGACAGAGAGAGACAGAGCCUCUGAACUUUCCCAGGAACAGCAGGUGUCUAGUGCUCAGCCUCCCCAUGCACUCCCCCACACGUAUACAUACAUACACACACACACAAAUAGCACACAGACAUCUGUCCAAACAUGGUUGACUCUAUCUCCCACUGCCGACCCAGGCACCACAGACAUCUCAAACAUUCAGAAUGCUCUCUUCCUUUUCCCAUCAAAUACUGAGGAAUGACACACACAGCAGACUUCGCAUGAUAAUACUGUCUGAAUAUCACUGUGUUAGUGUUCAUACAAAUAAGUUCACAGAAGGAUAGCCACAGAAUGUACAUUUCUAGAAAAACGGGACCGUUCCCAGCUGUAGUUUAGACUUCUAUGUGAGAAAUACACAUUAACUAAAUGUUAGCUGCUUCACUGUUAACUGUUUUCAUACCAUGUUUGUGAUUCUUGCCUAAACCCAUGGCUGAGACCUGUGGUACUUGUGAUUAGUACUAUUUGUCUGCCUUGUCUCUCUGGGCAGGAGCUAUGGGGAAAUGCCUCUUUUGAAAGAGCUGUGUGCGUGUGUGCUCGCGCACGUGUACAUGUACGUGCUGUCUUAUGAUGUCCGCUGCUCUCCUUUGAUGUCCAGAAAAGUAUUACAUUAUUCAACACACAUUCCUAUGAAGAUCAUGAGUUACAUUUUUCUAUCAUGUUAUUUUAUGGCUGACUUUUCAACUGAGCUCUCUUCUUCUCCUCUCAGUAGUGUGAACAUUGAACCAGACUUUUCUUUGUGUCUUACACACAACUGCUCUGCUUGUCUUGGUUGGUUAGUGGAGACUACUCACUGUGUGUACACACUGAUUCAUACGCACACACACAACCUCAACAGAUGAUCUUGUAUAGUCAGCUGGUUCAUUGCAAACAGAACCAGUGUUGCUCCUCUUUCAGUCUGCAUCAUGAACUAUAUAUUUUCCCUACAUUGUAAAUCUUAUUUAAUGUUUAAAUGAAAGCAAGCAAUUGUCCGCAUUGAUGAGAGCCUGGCACUAAAGACAACAGGUAAUUCUGAGUACAGAGAGAGAGAGAACAAAAUGUAUAAUUCACCCAUUGAAAUGAUUCACCAUGAGCCAUUUAUUGUCGAUCAAUGUUGUGUGUCGUGUUGUUUCAGCUUUACGACAAGAUCAACACCAAGUCCUCCCCCCAGAUCAGAAACCCCUCUAGCGAUGCUGUGCAGAGAGCCAAAGAGGUGAGCAGACACACACACAUACUGAUAUAAUGUUGUGUGCUUAUCACCAUGCUUGUGUAGGCCUAUAUGAUAUUAUUGAUGAUGAUUGAUCACAUGAUCAACUCUAUAGAUCACACGCUGCUUCCUAUGCCUCUGCCUUGAUCACACACUCUUCUUUACCAACAAGGCUCUAGUUAUUAACACAUCUCUCAUCACCCUCAUUCUACUAUUCAUUAUGUUCACAUCUCAAAUAACACCCUAUUUCCCAUGUAGUGCACUACUUUUGACCACAGCCUUAUGUGGCUCUGGUCAGAAGUAGUCAAAAGUAGUGCCCUAUAUGGGGAAUAGGGUGUAAUUUCAGACACAUCCUAUCUAACUAUUCACUGCUGUUAUCUACUUCCUAAGCGUUCUUUGGGUAUCUGCUGCUUGUUUAACAUUGGUUCAAUCUGGCCUGGGGUCAGUGUUUGAAUGAAACCGAUGAAGAAGGUAUUGACUAGAAGGGUAUGACUCUAAUCUUGAAUCAGAUUGUAGGGGUCAGAUGGGUUUAUAAACUGGGUCUAUAGUAGGUUGGCCAACAUGGCUUAUUUGUUAAGAAGAUUGAAGGAACAAGAGGUACUCAUUCUGGGAAGUCAUUUAAUCCAGACAGUUUGAAACUACUAAACUGUCAAAGAGUGAAGCCCUGUGUUUCAUUCCAAAAGGUUUCCCCCUGAAAGAGAAGUGGACAAGGGCAGUCAGUGGGGACAACUGUUUUGGAAUGGAAUACAAUACCCCCUAAUGACAAAGCAUAAGUAUUCAGACCCUUUACUCAGUACUUUGUUGAAGCACCUUUGGCAGCGAUUAGAGUCUUGGGUAUGAGGCUACAAGCUUGGCACACCUGUAUUUGGGGAGUUUCUCCCAUUCUUCUCUGCAGAUCCUCUCAAGCUCUGUCAGGUUGGAUGGGGAGCGUUGGUGCACAGCUAUUUUCAGGUCUCUCCAGAGAUGUUCGAUCGGGUUCAAGUCUGGGCUCUGGCUAGGCCACUCAAGGACAUUCAGAGACUUGUCCCGAAGCCACUCCUGCGUUGUCUUGGCUGUGUGCUUAAGGUCGUUGUCCUGUUGGAAUGUGAACCUUUGCCCCAGUCUGAGGUCCUGAGCGCUCUUGAGCAGGUUUUCAUCAAUGAUCUCUCUGUACUUUGCUUCGUUCAUCUUUCCCUCGAUGCUGCCACCACCAUGCUUCACCAUAGGGAUGGUGCCAGGUUUCCUCCAGACGUGACGCUUGGCAUUCAGGCCUCGCUGACCAAAGCCCUUCUCCCCCAAUUGCUCAGUUUGGCCGGGCGGCCAGCUCUAGGAAGAGUCUUGUUGGUUCCAAACUUCUUCCAUUUAAGAAUGAUGGAGGCCACUGUGUUCUUGGGGACCUUCAAUGCUGCAGACAUUUUUUGGUAUCCUUCCCCAGAUCUAUGCCUCGACACAAUCCUGUCUCGGAGCUCUACGGAUAAUUCCGUCAACCUCAUGUCUUGGUUUUUGCUCUGACAUGCACUCUCAACUGUGGGACCUUAUAUAGCCAGGUGUGUGCCUUUCCAAAUCAUGUCCAAUCAAUUGAAUUUACCACAGGUGGACUCCAAUCAAGUUGUAGAAACAUCUCAAGGAUGAUCAAUGGAAACAGGAUGCACCUGAGCUCAAUUUCGAGUCUCAUAGCAAAGGUUCUGAAUACUUAUGUAAAUAAGAUAUUUCUGUUUUUUAAAAACCUGUUUUUGCUUUGUCAUUAUGGGGUAUUGUGUGUAGAUCAAUGAGGAAAAUUGUUUAUUUAAUCCAUUUUAGAAUAAGGCUGUAACGUAACAAAAUGUGGAAAAGGUAAAGGGGUCUGCAUACUUUCCGAAUGCUCUGUAUGUAGUAUUUUCCACAAACUUAAAGGACCUAUUACGUUUUUUUUGUUCUCCACACCCAUUGUUGGUGAAGCUAUUCCACAGUCUGUUUGUCCAUUUUAUAGACAGUAUUAAAAUAAUAACGAGCUUAGAGUGCUUGUUUAUUUACACUUUCUCAGUAGGUCCUGUGUGUGUGUGUGUGUGUGUGUGUGUGUGUGUGUGUGUGUGUGUGUGGACUUUGACAAACAAGCACACGUGUUGUAAGUGUGAAAUGUUUGUAUUGAGCUCUUUGUAUGUGGAGGGCAAUUAAAAUGUAUGUCUGACUAAGAAGAAGAGCGAGUGAGAGAGUGGGUGGAAAAACUAAAACACAGCUGUAUUAAUACUGGAAAAGCCAUUUAGAGCAGUGUUAGGACUCUUUAUGUGGCUUUGGUGUCUAAAGGACUUGAUUAAUGAACCAACUAGAGUUGACCCAGUCUAGUCCUAGAGGGGGCUAAGUCAUGGCCUGCUUAUAGUUGUGUCUGGGUCAUAGUUUUCCCUUUUAACCUAGUCUAGUUGGAUUAGGUUGUAUGGAGGUAGACUGAACAGGUGUUGUGUGUGUGUCUGAAUGCGUGCAAGAGCCUUUAUGUAUGUGUAAUGUUUCUCUAGUUACCAUACUUCCUCUAGUAGUGUUAUUUUCUCUCUGCUAAAAUCCUUACUUUUUUUCUGAGGUCUGAUCUUAGUGUCUUUCUAGUCAAUAUUAGACACAUUGAUCCAGUAUUUCACCAUAGAACCAAAUGUAAAUUCUUAUUUUUCCCACCAUUGACUUAAAGGGACUUCUGCUGAAAUACUCUGCUUGGCUUCCUGCUACUGAUCCUCACUGGCGACACUGAAAUGCUUUAAAAUGAUACCACACUGGCACAGAUUUGAUCGUCGUCUCUGUGACUGUACAAAGCCUAUAGACACUAACCUUUCACCCCCCGACGCCGUCAUCUUUUACCUUUAUCAAACUUUACCCCCCCCCCGACCCUCCUGAAAUCCCCUGAUCUUUGACCCAAUGACUCCUGACUCCUCCUAUGAGGACCAACGACAUCAUCAGAGGUCACAUGUGUAACUGUCCUCCCUGUGUCCUCCUCCUGGUCUAAAGAGCUCCACCCAAGACGACGCAAGUGCCGCUUUGAAACACCUGGAAUAUGUAAGCCUCCAGACGUCUUUCACAACCCAACAAACACACAAACAAAAUAGACAGGAAAACUAGUUGGUUUUGUUUUAAAGCAUUUUGGUAUUUGACAGAGGGAGACUGGACGAAGCGUAGAGCUGUCUGUAACUAUGCAUACGUGAGGCUGUAGCUGGACCCAUGUAGGCUGUAGCUGGACCCAUGUAGGCUGUAGCUGGACCCAUGUAGGCUGUCGCUCGACCCAUGUAGGCUGUAGCUAGGCCCAUGUAGGCUGUAACUCAGUAGCACGUGUGUGAGUCUAUAAAGGAGCCUGUAGUGUGGCUGUGAGUGUGUUCUCUCUAAAAGAGGUUGUAAAUUGUUCAAGUUCGGGGUCUGUUCAGGUUUCAGCUCAGAAGGUUGGUAAUAUCCUACUAGUACUGUAUGUAAAGGGUUUGUAUCUGAUGAGUUUGGGUUUGGGUCUGAGAGGUGGGAAUGUCUUUAAUUGAUCAGAGAUGAGGCAAUGGAUACAAUAGUUUUGAACACACACACACACACUGAUUGAUCAAUGGCGAUGGCACUGGAUUAAUGUUUUACGAUGAGAAUACACACUUCCCCUCCAAGCCAGGCCUCUCCAUCGCCACAUUCAGCAGGCAGGUGUGACAUAGCAGAACUAAAUCAAGUCACUCAGAGAGGCAGGGGGCGUGACGAAGCCCUAAUGAGGACUCUGAUUGGUUAAGAGAAGCCAUGAGGGGGGAGCUCAUGGGCUGACGGAUUUCAAAGUGAAGUUUUUACGGGUUGAAGUGGUUCUAAAGGGGUGUGUUUUAGGAAGUGUGAGAGGGUAUGUGGGAAUAAUCAGGUCAGAGGUUGAUGUACUGUGUCACUCAAUAGUCCACACAUACUCUCCUGCGUUUGUGUGGUUGGAACAGGCAUUGAGCAGGACUACUUUAACUCUACAGAAAGGCCCCCUGACUGACGCCCUGCGCUGUUGUCUCUACCUUACAGGUACUGGAAGAGAUCUCUUGUUACCCGGAGAACCACGACGCCAAGGAGCUCAGACGGAUACUGACCCAGCCGCACUUUAUGGUGAGUGAAACCACACACACACACACACACACACCUCGACAGCCUCGACUUGGCUGUGUUUAGGCGUCAUGACUGAAGCUAUAGCAGAGACCGAGAGAGAAGUCUCCAUAGAGACAGACAGACAGACAGAGAGAAUAGUGUGCUAAAUCGGCUCCCUUACAUCUCUAGAGACCCUCACAGAGAGAGAGGGGAACGGAAGAGAGAGGAAGACUCCAUAGGGAGGUGUGUGUGUGUGAGAUCAGGAGACAAUGUAUGGGUGCUGAGUGAUGAGAGCUUCUAUAAUGACCUAGUGACCUCCCUGGUCUUUUGUUCCCAGUGUUAAAGACAGAAAAACAGUCUCACUUCUCAAGGUGCUUUAACAGCUACACUGUUAAUCUCAUCACCUCACGUCACUGUGUCUUAUCCUCCCCUCUGAUCAAUGAAGAGGUCAGUACUACAAAGAGAGAAGGGAUGUGGAGGAGGAGGAGGGAGGAGUCGUCCUCUUAUCACUGAGGCGUUAUUAAUCACACACUUCCACAGGAUGCUUAGAGAAAGAGAGAGUGAGAGAGAGAGAGGUGUAUAUGUUGGAGUUGUAUUGGGACAUUUGGAGGAGAAGAACAUUAGAUUGGAGUUGGAACGGGGCUAGAGAGAGUGAUUAGUCGGGAGAGAGAGACAGUGAUGGAAAGAGAUGGGGAGAAAGAGGGGUGGAGGUUUUGGAGGGAAAUCUGGACAGAGAAAGGGGGAGAAUGUGUCUGAUGUAAUGUAUCAAUGUAGAGUGGAGCCUGUCUUAGGGGGGAGGGAGGGAGAGAGAGAGUUGGGGCCUAGAACUACAGACUGUAGUGUGGAGGGAGAGGUGGAAGGGACGUUUUGGAAAGAGGGAGCAAUUCUGUGAGGAAUGGAACGGUCAGUGAGUCAUGUCUGAUGUAGAUCUGAUCUGAGGCCAAGCUUUACCCAGUCUGACAAGAAUGGAGGAAAGAGAUGGAAAGAGAUGGGGAGAAAGAGGGGUGGAGAUUUUGGAGGGAAAUCUGGACAGAGAAAGGGGGAGAAUGUGUCUGAUGUAAUGUAUCCAUGUAGAGCGGAGCCUGUCUUAGAGGGGAUAGGUGGAGGGAAGAGAGGGGUGGGGGAGAGGCAGAGGUGAGACGAGGGAGGGAGGCACCCUUAGGUACAAGCAGCCACAUUCCUAGACACACACACACACACACACACACACACAAAGGGAAAGGUAUGUGUGUCGCCAGCCUGCCACCAGUCUCUCAGGAGCAUGCUACAGACAGCCCAGCUUUCUCACUCGUCUACCACUGACUCUACUAGCUACUAAGACUGGUGAGGAACUAACAUUCUUAUUCUGUAACUGUUGAAUUUAAUUGUUCUAUUUUUCUCAAACUUUACUCUUGACCAGAUAUUCUAGAACUCUGGGGUUGACUUCAGAAUGCAUUUCUUUGGGAAUUCAGGUUUAGACGUUUUCCCUCUUGUAACUUGAGUACAGGAGUGUCUAGCUUUUAAGUGCCUGUUUUAGUAGCGUAGUUUGCUGAAGGUAGAAUCAUUUUCUGUUAACCUGAAACCUGCCUAAUAUAAAGUAGUUAUGACACUGUUACAGCACUGGUCUAUGUUGUGUCCAUAACAUUGUUAGACUGAGGGUAGCAUGCACUUUAUAGCUGUGCUGAAAUCACCUCAGACCUGGUUGUUGAGAUAAAGUUAGUGUUGGACUGUCACUUUAAAGCCUCUCUAUCUGCAGGUGGGGGGAUUAGUUCCCUUCAAACCAAUGAGCCUGCUCUCAUUAGUGGGCUCAUGUGGUAAAGUGUGUGUGUGUACGUUUUAACUUUCAGUAAGUGCGUGGGAUGAGUGUAUGCACUAGGGGAAGCCAGUGGCAGGUUAGUCUUGUUGUGGUUUUAUGCUUGCAUGUCUUCUGGAGUUCCUAGUUGUUUGGUAAAGUGCCUCUCAGAAAUUCUCUCUGUCAUUGAGUAAAGCUAGCUGUCUGUGUGUAGGUUUUUAGGGGGUGGCUUCUCCUGUCUAUGGUAUGCUAUGAAGCCUUCAAGAAGAGGGAGGGAGGUAGGGAGGGAGAGAGAACUUGCUGUGCAUCUAGGUGAGCCUUGCUGCAGACCCUUUAUGACGUUCUAUCUGUCUCCCUCCCUACUUUUUCUAUUCCCCACCCUCCAGGCCUUGCUCCAGACCCAUGACGUGGUGGCCCAUGAGGUGUACAGUGAUGAGGCUCUGAGGGUCACACCCCCGCCCACCUCGCCCUACCUGAACGGAGAAUCGCCCGAGAGCACCAACGGAGACAUGGAUCUGGAGAACGUAACUCGAGUACGCCUGGUGCAGUUCCAGAAGAACACUGACGAACCUAUGGUACGACACAAACUCAUGCACAGGCUAUAUACACACACACACAACACUACUAGAGUUGCAAAGGGAGGGUAUAUUAUUGGAAACUUUACAGAAUUUUGGUAUCUUUCAAAGAAUAUAUGCAAUCUAUCACAAUAACUCUAGUGGCCCUUUUGGGAAAUUCAGGUUGACGUGCUCAGUGUGUAGAUUUAUUUACUGGUCUUGGUGAUCCAAUGAUGAAAGCUCCAUAUCAUACAAAAUAUACAAGUACAUUGACCAAAUAUACACAGGCAAUAUCCCAAAAGAAAUAGCUUCUAUAUCAGGCUUAACCUGUCCUAUCUGAAUGGACACAGGUAGAGGGCAAGACUGUAGUUUCCCCUUGAGAAACCAUAUCGAAGCUAUCUAACAGGAGCUCAAACAGGUACACAUAAGCAUUUGGCCCCUCCCAGGACCAUACAAUUACCCAAUUGGGAAUUACAACCAAUACACUGGUUCUACAUUCAUACAUUCGUCUUAAUCAGACUUAAUGAUUAUUAAUGAUAUUUAAUCAUCAUUCAUACAUGGAACAAAAGGUUUCUCGUAUUCAACAUACUGACUCCAAAGCGUGGCGCGCAAGCCACGUAGCCUAUUUCUAUGCGCACUGAGGAUUGCACGCUCCUAUUAUGCACAACCAGAAUGACAGCGACAUAGGACACAGACAAACGGAACAUAACACGGGAAAUAUGAACAAAGUAUUGCGAACGUUCAUGUGCACAAUAAACUUUGCGCCCACUCAGAGGGUAAGAAAUGGUAGGCUAAAUAAAAAUGUAUCGUAUCAAACAUGAAACAGAAUUGUCUAAGUGUUGCAAUAAAUAUUACUUUGAUGGAAUGAUGAAACGCUAACAAUUAGUGUAGGAUUAGAUGGAAUAUAGAUUUACCAUAUAUGCAUUUAAACGUGUGAAAGAAAGCAACAGCAAGCAUUUCAACAAGAGAACAAAGCGCUCUCCACUGACGCCUAUGAUGCGUCUUCGCCACAGUAAUAAUAAAUUUAACAACAAAUUCCAAAUGCAAACUUCAAAAGUAAAUUAUUAAUUUCAAGCAAUUUUGACAUACAAAAAGACCAGUAGGCCUAUGCUAGUAAUUUUUGCUGGUGAGCUUGAAAAGUAAUUAAAAGUUAUUAUUCUUGGAUUUUUGGGAGUUGCAUAUCUAUAUACAGCAAAUCAGCACUCUGUUCGCUAGCACACCCGACCUGUGUUGAUUGACAGUUUACAAUCAGAGGGCCAAGUGUGCAUUUCACUUGCAAGGGCGAUGUCGCGACUACUGUCUGGCUGCGUGGAGAGUAAUCCACGGACUCUGUGCCACAAAAUGAGUGACAAAACGUUACAAAAUAUGGCCAGAUAAUUUCAAGUCUUAAGUCAAAGUCGAGUCCCAAGUCUUGAGGCUCCAAGUCCAAGUCAAUUCUCAAGUUAUUUUCUAUCAAGUCAUCAAAUUUGUGACUCGAGUCCGUCAUGUGACUUGAGUCCACAACUCUAUCUACUAGAACCUCAUGGACAAUAUGAACACUUCUAUAAACAAUGAAUACUAUAUAUGAAUACUUUUUAAAAAAGUUAUUCAAUUAUAAAUGACCAAAGUUACGAUAGAUUGCCAUAGAUUUUCUGUUAAAUAUCAAAAUUACAGAAGAUUCUGGUAACUUUGGUAAAUUACCGGUAGCUUUGCAACCCUAGACACUGCAAUUACACGCUCAAACACUGACUGUAUUUAUUAUCCCACACAGCAGUCCCACAAGCAUAGUCAUACACUCUGUUCUUACACACAGACAUACACACACACACACUAUCCACUCUAGCUGUUUCUCCCUUCUCUUCCCUGUCUGUGUGAGAUCAGCCUAGCGCCUCAGUCCCUGAGCUUGAGCCUGUAUGACCUUUCUAUGACCUCAAUGUUUGCUGACCUCUGACCCCUGUCCUCUCUCCAGGGCAUCACGCUGAAGAUGAACGAUCUGAACCACUGUAUCGUAGCCAGAAUAAUGCAUGGAGGAAUGAUCCACAGACAAGGUAGCCAGCCAUCUCUUUCUAUUACACUAGCAGCUAUUCUCAUUAUUACUGGUUAUCAGACUAUACUAUUAUACAUUAUUACUGCAUUUUAUCACACAUAAUGUAUCAUACUGUUCAGAACGUCUCCCAAAUAUGUACACAUAGCAGGGGAUAUUUGGACAUUACGUUAGAGCUGGGACAGUAAACCGCAAAAUGAUGGACACCAAUCCAACCACUUAUCGUGAACAUUUUGCUGAUAUUGUUCAUUAUGAUAAAUAACCUAUAGGGCCCUACUAGAGGAAUGUGUUUAAAUGAAAUAAGUUUGCUAAUAUGGGGAUUGUUAAUGGGACAAUUGAUAGUGUGAUCAGUCCAGAGGUUCCAAUCUAUGCAGUAGUGAGGUGUGGUGUAAACAGAGGAAGAGGCAUCUUUUUUUGAGUUGCAAAAAUACAAAUUAUAUAUUUACUGUUCACAGAAUGGCAUUCGGCCAGGUCAAGAAAGGGCAAACAAAUCCUAGCUCAGUUUAGAGCACUUCACUUAUAUACCAAAGAGUCUUUCGAUAACAAAUGAAAUAGUCUCUUUUGUGGCUUGGCUUUGGCUCUCAGCUACGGGCAUUAUUCAAUCACGUUCUUUGUCUUUGUCUCUCAAUGUCCUCUUCUUUCCUUUUCUUGUUUCCUUGUUUUAUAUUUUCCCUUGUUUCUUUGUCUAUGUGUUCCUCUCCUCCCGCGUAAUUGCCCCUGUGACUUAAUAAGGGGUGUGUUUGGGGAGUACUGUGACGUCAGCUGGGAUUUCCUGCAUGUCCCCACCCCUCUGACUCCCAUUCAUCCCUGCCCCUCUGGAUGGUUCACAAUAGCUACAACAUUCAAAGUAGUAGUUUUAAGGGUAAUUAAUGUGGUGCACAUUAAUGUUAUAAACUUAUCGUUCAAUUUAUCGUUAUCUUGAUAAUUCAGUCUAUUUAUUGUGAUAUGGAUUUUUGUCCAUAUCUCCCAGCUAUACAUUGCAUUGUCCCAAAACUGAAGCAUUGGCCCAAGUCUACCUCUUACACACACACAUACCUUACACACUCGCACACCUCACACACACGUUAUACACAGGUAGGAAACAAGCCACAUCCGUAUCAAAUACUCGCUGAGAGCAAGGCCCCUCCAUGUCUCUGGACCUACAGACGGGAGUUAGCGCGAGUUUACAUUAUCUGCUCUGUACGAAAAAUAGGAACAUGUCGUCAAAUAUGACACCUUGGACACUGUGCCACUGUCCACAUAUCACAGAGGGUUAGUUUGAAGUGAAGUGUCACUGGAGCUGUUCUGGGUCAUCUUUAUGACGGUCUCUGUAGAUUGCUAGAUCAUAUUAAUGUGGCUCCUGAGAAGUCAAACACUUCUCCAGGCUUUGUGAAAUUUGGGCCUAGAGUGCAUUCGGAAAGUAUUCAGACCCCUUGACUUUUUCCACAUUUUGUUACGUUACAGCCUCAUUCUAAAAUUGAUUAAAUUGGGUUUUUUCCUCAUCAAUCUACACACAAUACUCCAUAAUGACAAAGCAAAAACACGCUUUUAGAAGUAUUUGCAAAUUUGAUAAAAAUAAAAAAUACAAAUAUCACAAUUACAUAAGUAUUCAGACCCUUUACUCAGUACUUUGUUGAAGCACCUUUGGCAGCGAUUACAGCCUCGAGUCUUCUUGGGUAGGACGCUACAAGCUUGGCACACCUGUAUUUGGGGAGUUUCUCCCAUUCCUCUCUGCAGAUCCUCUCAAGCUUGCUACACAUUUAUUUUCAGGUCUCUCCAGAGAUGUUCGAUCAGGUUCAUGUCCGGCUCUGGCUGGGGCACUCAAGAACAUUCAGAGACUUGUCUCGAAGCCACUCCUGAGUGGCGCAGUGGUCUAAGGCACUGCAUCGCAGUGCUAACUGUGCCACUAGAGAUCCUGGUUCGAAUCCAGGCUCUGUUGCAGCCGGCCGCGACCGGGAGACUCAUGGGCGGCGCACAAUUGGCCCAGCGUCGUCCAGGGUAGGGGAGGGAAUGGCCGGCAGGGAUGUAGCUCAGUUGAUAGAGCAUGGCGUUUGCAACGCCAGGGUUGUGGGUUCAAUUCCCACGGGGGGCCAGUAUAAAAAAAAUAUGUAUUCACUAACUGUAAGUCGCUCUGGAUAAGAGCGUCUGCUAAAUGACUAAAAUGUAAAUGUAAAAUGUGUGCUUACUGUCGUUGUCCUGUUGGAAGGACAGUCUGAGGUCCUGAGCGCUCUGGAGCAGGUUUUCAUCAAGGAUCUCUCUGUACUUUGCUCCGUUCAUCUUUGCCUCGAUCCUGACUAGUCUCCCAGUCCCUGCCGCUGAAAAACAUCCCCACAGCAUGAUGCUGCCACCACCAUGCUUCACCGUUGGGAUGGUGCCAGGUUUCCUCCAGAUGUGACGCUUGGCAUUCAGGCCAAAGAGUUCAAUCUUGGUUUCAUCAGACCAGAUAAUCUUGUUUCUCAUGGUCUGAGAGUCUUUAGGUGCCUUUUGGCUAACUCUAAGCGGGCUGUCAUGUGCCUUUUACUGAGGAGUGGCUUCCGUCUGGCCACUCUACCAUAAAGGCCUGAUUGGUGGAGUGCUGCAGAGAUGGUUGUCCAUCUGGAAGGUUCUUCCAUCUCCACAGAGGAACUCUGGAGCUCUGUCAGAGUGACCAUCGGGUUCUUGGUCACCUCCCUGACCAAGGCCCUUCUCCCCCGAUUGCUCAGUUUGGUCGGGCGGCCAGCUCUAGGAAGAGUCAUGGUGGUUCCAAACAUCUUCCAUUUAAGAAUGAUGAGGCCACUGUGUUCUUGGGGACCUUCAAUGCUGCAGACAUGUUUUGGUACCCUUCCCCAGAUCUGUGCCUCGACGCAAUCCUGUCUCGGAGCUCUAUGGACAAUUCAUUCGACCUCAUGGCUUGGUUUUUGCUUUAACAUGCACUGUCAACUGUGGGACUUUAUAUAGACAGGUGUGUGCCUUUCCAAAUCAUGUCCAAUCAAUUGAAUUUACCACAGGUGGACUCCAAUCAAGUUGUAAAAAUAUCUCAGAGAUGAUCAAUGGAAACAGGAUGCACCUGAGCUCAAUUUCGAGUCUCAUAGCAAAGGGUCUGAAUACUUAUGUAAAUAAGGUAUUUCUGUUUUUUGUCUAAAAGGCUGUUUUCGCUUUGUCAUUAUGAGGUAUUGUGUGUAGAUUGCUGAUUUAAAAAAUAUAUAUUUUAGAAUAAGGCUGUAACGUAACAAAAUGUGGAAAAAGUAAAGGGGUCUGAAUACUUUCCGAAGGCACUGUAUAUUCAGAGUACAUGUAGGAGUGCUGAUCUAGGAUCAGUUCUGCCUUUUAGAUCAUAAUAAAUAAGAUUAUAUGGACAGUGGGAACCUGAUCCUAGAUCAGCACUCUGAGACGCAUAAUGAAUACUGCAAUAAGGACAAUCUGGAACAAAGACUGUCUGUCAUGUGUGUUGUAGGAACACUGCAUGUAGGAGAUGAGAUCAGAGAGAUCAACAGCAUCAGUGUGGCCAACCAGACAGUAGAGCAACUACAGAGGAUGCUGGUGAGUGGACAUUGUGUGUGUGUGUGUGUGUGUGUGCGUGCGUGCGUGUGUGUGUACUUAAAUGCUGAGUAUGUGUGUUUGUGUGUCCACAGAAAGAGAUGCGAGGCAGCAUCACCUUUAAGAUAGUGCCAAGCUACCGGACACAAGGAUCCUCCUGUGAGGUAACGCACCGCCAUUUCCCCAUCCCCCUCCCUUCUCUCCUUACCCCCAUCCUCUGUCGUACUGUUGAUGUUGUGAAUGUUUAAACUCCUGACCCUUUGACUAACCAAAUAUCUGCGUGGUGGCUGUGUGUGUGUGUGUGUGUUAACGCUUUCUCUCGGGUGAGGUUCUGUGUGUUCUACUGUGUUCUGCUCAAGGCUGGGUCAGACGCGCUGCACACCAAUUUCACAACCAAGAUACCGGAACCCCCCCAUCAUGCCCCCCACCCCACCCUGACCCCUGAACUCUGUAACUCUGUGAUCUGGCACCCACCACACACACACACAGACCAGUCAGUCACACAGAGACCAGAAUUCCCUGUUGAUACUCUGUAAUGCCAAGUGGAAGCUAGUGGUAGAGAAAUGUAGUUGUGCUAUGUGAUGAUUUAACCUGGCAGAUAACGUUCCAGCCUGACCUUGAUGAGCCAGUCUUUGUGAGUCUACUGCCCCUCUGUGGCGAGAUAGAGAUGUGCAGGGAUCAUUGCUAUUAUGAUUAGUAAGUAGGAUAAUCAUGUUGAUUUAUUUGAUUUGAUUGCAGUCUAUGAGCUCAUUGAAGACAUUGAAGACGGUAAUUUGGACUUGUUUAUCGUGGAGUGUGAAAUGUUAUUUUUUUUGUAUUGGUGGUUACAACCUCCCGAGUGGCGCAGUGGUCUAAGGCACUGCAUCGCAGUGCUAGCUGUGCCACUAGAGAUCCUGGUUCGAAUCCAGGCUCUGUCGUAGCCGGCCGCGACCGGGAGACCCAUGGGGCGGCGCACAAUUGGCCCAGCGUCGUCCAGGGUAGGGGAGGGAAUGGCCGGCAGGGAUGUAGCUCAGUUGGUAGAGCAUGGCGUUUGCAACGCCAGGGUUGUGGGUUCGAUUCCCACGGGCGGCCAGUAUGAAAAAUUAAAAAUUAAUAAUGUAUGCACUCACUAACUGUAAGUCGCUCUGGAUAAGAGCGUCUGCUAAAUGACUAAAAUGUAAAUGUAAAUGUACUAGAUAGUAACUAGAUUAUUUGUAACCCCAUCUCUAAUGUAAGGCUGUUGUCGAUGUGUAGUAGUUGUAACCCCCCCCCCCCCUCUCCUGAAAUAGCAACAGUUGUUAUGUUAUGGUGGCUUUAGCCCCUGUCUGUCUGUCUGUGUAUGCAGUAGGCAUAGUUAUGACGUACGUGUGUUUGUGUGUGCGCGCACGCAAAUGCAGAGGCCUCAUGCCCAUAGGGGGCACAAGGGCACGUGCCCCCUCAGAUUUAUCCUUUAAAAAAAAUUCAGAUGUUAAAUUAAUUACUCAACUACAUUUUUAAGGGUAUUUUUUAUAUAAAAGAUCUGUCAGCUGUAUUUUGCAGAGGGGGGAACAAUGACUACUGGACCAGGCAAAGAGUACCCCCCCAAGGUUGUUGCGGUGUCCGUAUUACCGCCACAUCGGCAGUCAUGAGUCAUGACCGCAGUAAAAUUCCACGUGACGGUAAUCAUGGUAAUCUCCUUUUAUACACUCUGGACAUGCCUUUGUAGUACCCAACUUGCUAACUACCAUCAGGUCCUAAUGGCCUGGUUGGUACUCAGGGCUCUACUGUCCCUCUAACCACUCUGACAUCAAUGCAAAUGCAAUCGAAAAUCACAUCAAAACAGUAGGUCUAUCAUACUUUUAAAACUCACCUCAGUGUGAUGAUCACUGUAAUGCAAAAUGGCAUAUUAUUAUUAUUAUUAUCAAUUUGAAGAAAGAACUUCAACAGCAGGUUGAAACAGUGUAAAACAUGGUUGUUGUGGAUGUUGUUUCAAAGCCUAACACAACAAAAUGGACAGCACUUUCUAAGGGGAUGAUUAAUUCAAAACGCUUAUGAGCCCAAGCCCGAAGAAAAAAAACAUGAAUAAAAAUGAUGAUUGUGCCGUUAUACAAUACGAUACAUAGCCUACACAUAUUACACAGAAAAACAUCAAACAAAACUGAUUUAAGAUGUCUUUGGUACAUAACUGGUCUAGCCUAUACUAUACAAAUUCCAGUAAUCGCCACUGAGUGUGGACUGUAUUAUUAUGCAUACUGGAUGGACUGGUUACCUUAUGCUACGCUCCAAAAUGUAUAUCCAUGAGUCUGGGAGAGAAUGUAUAGCCCUAGGCGAUGCUGUUGGUUCAUUGAUUGUGCAGGGCUGCUUACAGUUAGCCUACAAUUAGUGAAUUUUUAUUUUAUUUUGAAUAGCCUAGUAAUAUAGAAUUUUUUGUAUUUUCAUAAUUAAUUGAGUGACACAUUACCUUUAGCUAUAUAGAAUAUCUCACCACCAUGCGUUUCCAUCUCCUCCUCUCGCUCCUUUAUUCCUUUCUUGAGCACGCAGACGGGCUGUCAACAGUUUCGUGAAAUAUGUUUAGUUGCGAAAACAUGUUACUAUUGAUGUUCCUGAACAGAUUUCACUUGGUUUCCCAAAUGAAGCACUGGGUAGCUGCAGGAACAAGGUUGGAGAGCCCAUUGCAUACAGAGUUUGGGUGGAAUAUCACCUGUCGGGCAGUGAGAGCAUGCUCCUCAAACAGUGGUUGAUGCAUGGAGUGAAAUAGAUGUUCUUAUAUUUAUUUCUCAGCUGCUCAUAUAUAAAGCACAUGAUCUGUUAUAAAACCGAAGUAGCCUACAAAACGGGCCGGCAGGAAAGCAGCAGCCUCCAUUCACUAGGCUAUUUGAAGGCAUACAGAUGACAUGUUUUUUUCCCAUGUUCCUGCCCAUUUGAUAAUGGGCUGUUCUAAAUCUAAACUAAUUUUCCAUAUUAGUAAAGACCAGAUUAAAUUCAAAAUAGUCUGAUGGGUGAAAAUAUGAUCACUUGAUGAGAGAAGAGCUGUGCAACCUGAGGCAAGGAACAGAGUGCAAGCUUUGAUGAGAGAAGAGCUGUGCAACCUGAGGCAAGGAACAGAGUGCAAGCUUUGAUGAGAGAAGAGCUGUGCAACCUGAGGCAAGGAACAGAGUGCAAGCUUUUUUUGCUACUUUCUCAAAUCAUCAAUAGCUUAUAUUUGCACCAUGCAAAGUAUUCAGACCCCUUGACUUUUUCCACAUUUUGUUACGUUACAGCCUUAUUCCAAAAUUGAUUAAAUUGUUUUUUUCCCUUCAUCAAUCUACACACAAUACCCCAUAAUGACAAAACAGGUUUUUAUAAAUGUUUGCACAUUUAUUAAAAAUAAAAAACGGAAAUAUCACAUUUACAUAAGUAUUCAGACCCUUUACUCAGUACUUUGUUGAAGCACCUUUGGCAGCGAUUACAGCCUUGAGUCUUCUUGGGUAUGACGCUACAAGCUUGGCACACCUGUUUCUCCCAUUCUUCUCUGUAGAUCCUCUCAAGCUCUGUCAGGUUGGAUGGGGAGCGUCGCUGCACAGCUAUUUUCAGGUCUCUCCAGAGAUGUACUUUGCUCCAUUCAUCUUUCCCUCGAUCCUGACUAGUCUACCAGUCCCUGCCGCUGAAAAACAUCCCCCCAGGAUGAUACUGCCACCACCAUGCUUCACCGUAGGGAUGGAGCCAGGUUUCUUCCAGACAUGACAUUUGGCAUUCAGGCCAAAGAGUUCAAUCUUGGUUUCAUCAGACCAGAGAAUCUUGUUUCUCAUGGUCUGAGAGUCCUUUAGAUGCCUUUUAACAAACUCCAAGUUGGCUGUCAUGUGCCUUUUACUGAGGAGUGGCUUCCGUCUGGCCACGCUACCAUAAAGGCCUGAUUGGUGGAGUGCUGCAGAGAUAGUUGUCCUUCUGUAAGGUUCUCCCAUCUCCACAGAGGAACUCUGAAACUCUGUCAGAGUGACCAUUGGGUUCUUGGCUACCUCCCUGACCAAGGCCCUUGUCCCCCGAUUACUCAGUUUGGCCGGGCGGCCAGCUCUAGGAAGAGUCUUGGUUGAUCCAAACUUCUUCCAUUUAAGAAUGAUGUAGGCCACUGUGUUCUUGGGGACUUUCAAUGCUGCAGAAAUCUGUGCCUCGACACAAUCCUGUCUCGAAGCUCUACGGACAAUUCCUUCGACCUCAUGGCUUGGUUUUUGCUCUGACAUGCACUGUCAACUGUGGGACCUUAUAUAGACAGGUGUGCCAAAUCAUGUCCAAUCAAUUGAAUUGACUACAGGUGGAGUCCAAUCAAGUUUUAGAAACAUCUCAAGGAUGAUCAAUGGAAACUGGAUACACCUGAGCUCAAUUUCAAGUCUCAUAGCAAAGGGUCAGAAUGUUUAUGUAAAUAAGGUAUUUCAGUUUUUUAUUUUUACAUAAUGACAAAGCCUGUUUUCGCUUUGUCAUUAUGGGGUGUUGUGUGUACAUUGUUGAGGAAAAAAUUGUAUUUAAUCAAUUUUAGAAUAAGGCUGUAACGUAACAAAAUGUGGAAAAAGGGAAGGGGUCUGAAUACUUUCCGAAUGCACUGUAUAUGUUUUGAUUUUGUAAGAUAUUCUAAGGUUUGUAUCAUUCACAACUAAAGUUGCCGAAUAACUCUAAAUCUAGCAUAUAGGACCUGUUUCAAAUGAUCACUUUUACGCUCAACAUAGCCACUUCAUAUGUGCACUCGCUCUUUAAUUGGAAAAAUAUCCUUUCAAUUUUAUUCAGCUAAAUUCAAUUAUAUUCUUCUUACUAUAAAAUCAGAUACAAUAAAUGAAUGGCAUGGGACUUACAUGCAUAGCCAGAUAACAUAGGCCUACAGUAGGCCAACUCAUAUUCUGUUCUGAAACACAUUCUCUUGAUAUUAUAAUGUUUCUUUUGACUUGACUAAAAUACAUAAUGGAUUUAUUGUGAUGGUGUAAAUUAAAUUGAUUUAUUAGACUUUUUUAAAUGUAGAUGUUUCAAAGGCGCUCAUCAGCAGCUUGUAUGUGGAGGCCUGGAGAUGCUAAACCUGCAUAUGUUAAUUAAUGGUCAAUUACCGUGAGACCUGCAGUAUUUUGCCUGACAAUAACCAGCUGACAGAAUUUCAUGACCGCCACAGCCCUAUCCCAAGUUAGAGUAGCUUGUCUAACUAUUUUAGCUGGCAUGCCUGCUGGAAAAUGGCUUUAAUUCUUGGGUUAUGAUACUAUAUACCAGUGUGGUAGGGAUGUAACGAUUUGUUGAUACGCAUUGGUCCCAGAUUCAAAUGUUUAAGAUACAAGUGCAACAGUCGGUGGACACCAGACCGAUCCAAAUGUAGCAUGCAUCGGUCAGAAAAUCGAUUCAAACGUUAUGAAUCGGCGGUUCACAAAUAUUACAUAAUUUUUACCUUCCCAAAAAUACCUCAUAUUUUGUGACAACUGAUGCGUCCUCUCUCCUUCAGUGUCGAACUGCAUGUAACUGGGUUGACAGUCAUUGAUCUACAAGUCAUUUUUCAUGCCAAACAACCCCAGGUAAUAUCAGUAGCCUCACUGUGCCCAGCUUCACACGCUGACCAACGCGCUGUUCCAGAUCUUGCACAUCUGUACGACACCUUCAGCAUUCAAAUGCUAAAAUGGCUAGCGUGAUAUUAGGCUUUAUUAGUUGAGUUCAGGUUCACCAUCAGCAAUAGUUUUGGUAGUUUUGCUUGAUAAUUUCAUAACGAGGACAGCAAUCACUUUUGCAAUGGCCGAAGUGAGAGGAGACGAGAAGAUCACUCUGUAAAAACUUCCAAACUGUAAAAUAAAUAGCUAAUUUUUAAACAAUAAAUAUUGAUACAUCACUUGCUCAAACACUAAAUCUGCAAAAAUGAGAAGUUAAUUAGUGGGUGAUGAGGAUUUCAGAACAAGAAACAGGCUAAAUUGCCCCCAUCCCCCCUCCCCCUAAUCUGGUAGUGAUAGUGGGGUGGUAGAUGCCUAGUCUCCUUUAUGGCUCCUCUCAGGUGCCUACAUAGUACAUACACCAUAGACAUACAUAAUUUAGCCUACUACACCUGUUGUUUAUGAAGCAUGUGACAAAUAUAUGUUUUAUUUUAAACUCCUAAGGCAUAAAAGUUCUUAAAGAAUCAGUGUGAACAGGUAAAGUGGUAUGCUUAGAUGACCUAUGCAGAAAAAUAUACAUGCUAAAUCCAGACCACCCCCCUCCAUCCUCACGUACUUCGUGUCCCCUCUAAAAUAAUGGGUGCAUGAAGCCCCUGCGCGCACGUGCGUGCGCAAGUUUGUGAGUGUGUGUGUCUGACCUGUGUGUCUUGUUACAGAGAGAGUCCCCCUCCACCUCCAGGCAAUCCCCUGCCAAUGGCACUGGCCACUCCAGUGUUAACAGUUCUAUCUUGGUAAGAACCCCAACCCCUAAACACCCACCAAACACCCAAACUGCCCCCUUCUCCCUCAAGUCGACCAACGCAGACCUUUCACUCUCUCCCACAGCUGUUGUCUGUUAUCAUUAUAAUGUAUAUAUUUUUCCAGUUUGAUUAAACCCCCUGUCCCAUAUUUUACUUAUUUUUCUUUUAUUUUCAGUUGUAUAUCACAUUAAGUUAUGAUACUGGCUGUUCAGACCAACCUUUGACUAUAGCCACAUUUCCGAUAUCUCUGUUUACAAAUUGGUGUGCUGAAAAACUCUGCCAUGUGCUGUAAAAAUGCUGCUUAUUUGCUGUGCCUUUCUGCUGACAGCCCUUUAGUACACAGAGGAACUGGGAAUACUCACACAGUCAGUCACAGAAAAGACUCAGGUCCUUUACAACUCUGUUCCUAUACAACUACCUCCAACCUUAUCCACUGCUAGACCUACUUACCUACCUACUUACUUACCUACCUACCUACCUACUAACCCAGCUACCUAGCUACAUCUGAUUUACCCACUUACUUACUAACUUAUCUACCUCUUACCUACCUAACUACGAACUAAAUUACCUACCUACCAGCUGUACACCUUGGUAUUGAAGCUGCUUUGCUUGCUUUCUGCUUCCUCGCUCUCUGAGAGUGUGUGUGUGAGAGAGAGAGAGAGAGCGAGAGAGACUGCUGAAGCUCUGCUCUAACACUCAUUAAAUCGCAACUCUGUUUGACUGUACCCUCGCUCUCUUUAAAACUUUGACAGGAGGGAAGGGAAUGUUCAUGUCUGUGUGUUUUGUUGUGUUCUGUACACAUUGUUAUGGUUGUUUACCUGCCUCUCUCUGGUGUAAACUCUCUCUGUCACUGGUGGGGUUUUCUCUGCAGGAUCUGCCGUCUACCAUCCAACCCAAGGGUCGACAGGUGAAUACCAGCGCUCUCUGCCCCGUAAAACAAACAAACACAUACACACACACAUACACACACUGAACUGUAACUCACAACCCCUCCAUCCCUUCCCCCUCAUUCAACGUCUACACGUGUGUCUGUGUGUGUCUGUCUGUGUGUGUGUGUGUGUGUCUGUGUGUGCUUAUGCAUAUGUGCACACGCGCAGUGUGCUUGCGAGUUCACAUGCUCACCAGCCCCCAGCUGCCCUCCAUUGAGUAAUUGCCAAGGUCAACACAAAUGAGUACACUCUGUUCACUUACAAUGUUGUUAAUAUUCUGUGGCUACAGACUGAUCUCCAAGCUGUUCCUGCAUGUGUUUAGAGCAGGAUAGUGCCUGCUGUGUCAGAGUCUGGCGUAGUGGUUAGCCCACCAGACUCCGGAUCACAUAUACACCAGGUGACAUGGGUACGAAUCCCGUCUAAGCCCUUUAUCUCAGUCUCCCUCUGUAUCUGUCUACCCCUCUACAUUCCGACAUUUACUGUCUGUAAAACAAUAAAAUACCCCCCAAAAUAUAUAUUUUUAAAGGACAGUGUCUGUUAGACUGAAUAGUGGAUAAUAUGUAGAGCUACUGUAAGCUAUGACCUCACCCAAAGAUACACUACUGGAUAUUGGCCUCAAUCCAAAACACAUUAGACUCCAAAUCUGCUCCAGCUGCUCAGACAUGUCUGACCUAAAAAGAGCACAGGCUGAAUUCAAAUUGAUUCAAUCCGAUCCGAUUUUUGCAGAGUUGUUAUUAUUAAGAUUUUGAAAGAUUCCACCUGGUCCCAUAACCCUGAGUUGAACUCCCCUGUGGUAGAGAAAAUGUUCUCUUUGGAAAGGAUGAUACAUUUGAAUGGAACUAGACUUCAGAGGAGACUUCAAAUAUACAGUCAGGUCCAUAAUUAUUGGCACCCUUGAUAAAGAUUAGCAUAAAAUACAUUAUUUAAAAGUCAUUAUUAUAAUACAAAAAGCUUUGUUAAAUAACAUUAAAAUGUGGCACUUAAUUCAUUGGUCGUAUGGCGAAUACAGCCAUUAGCCAUGACCAUAGACACCCACCCAAGCCUCCUAUAAUCUCGCCCAUCCCUAUGUGACAUAAUCAUCAAUUAUGACCAUCCAUUAUGUUUGAAACCCAUAACAUAGUUUUGGAUCCCUGUUGGAAUAUUGAAUGCAUUCUACCUCUCUUCCUUGAUCAGCAAUCACUGAUCUGACAGUGUUGGAUAGGUUAAAGCUCUUCCAUGUCUUUCACCAAUCCAGUCAUUUCAGAUCUUUUAAAAUGAAGGCAGGAAGAAGGAAGAAAUGCAUGUUAAAAAGCAUUCCAACGGGCCUGUCUCUUCAUCAUAACCAGGGUUGGGGUCAAUUCCAUUUAAACUCCAUUUCAGGGGAUGAGUUGAACUUUUUAUUUAUGAAUUGUACAAUUCUCAUCGACAGCAACAGGCUAUUCAUGAAAUGAAAACUUCAAUUAAUCUCAAUGAACUGAACUAAAGUUGAAUUGGUCUCCAACACUGAAGUGGCAUCAUCCAUGUCAAUCCCCUCCCACCACCAUCACCAUAGUAGGGUUAACACUUAACGUUCUCCAUCUCCACCGCGCUCUGCUCACCAUACUGUGUGUGUAGACACUCCGUAGUCGUUUUACUGCAUGAUGUGUGUGAUGCUUUCACAUCCUAGAUGGUCGUACCCAGACCUCCAAUCAAGGAUAAAAUGUCCAUCAAGGUAAGAUAUAAUGUAGCCUCCAUAGUGCUAAACCAUAGAGAUAAAACAGCAGACAUCUUAGGAAAUGUUUUAUCUCUAUGGUUAAACCAUAGAUAUUCCUUUAGAUGACCGUAUUAGCAAUAGUGUGUAACCAAAAUAACAUCCCAUACAGUACAAUCUAACUUAGACUAAGACCACUGAAACUACAAUGCAAAACCAUACUGUUUGGAUUAUUGUAACAAGUAUAUUCAAACUGUAUUCAAAAUGUAUUAUCAUGAGGUCUCAAUACAAUUCUCUGAGAAAAAAACAUGAAAUCAACAUAUUGCCUCCUACAUCUUUAACAGACAAGAAUGGCAACACAAGACUGGUACUCAGAUCAUAAAGGUGUGCUAAAUCAGUCAGUGAUACAGAAAAUGUAGAUAGUGAUUUAACAAGACCUAUGGUGGAUUCUAAAGAGACAACCCUGUGUUAACGAUCCCUGUGCCAUUUACAGUGCCUUCAGACUUAUUCCACAUUUUGUUGUGUUACAGUCUGAAUUAAAAAUGGAUUAAAUAUAUUUUUUUCUCACCCAUCUACACACAAUACCCCAUAAUGACAAAUUAAGACAUGUUUUUAGAAAUUUUUGCAAAUGUAUUGAAAAUGAAAUACAGAAAUAUCUCAUUUACAUAAUUAUUCACAAUACUUUGUAGCAGCACCUUUGGCAGCGAUUACACCUGUGAGUCUUUCUGGGUAAAGUCUCUAAGAGCUUCCCACACGUGGAUUGUGUAACAUUUGUCCAUUAUUAUUUUCAAAAUUCAUCAAAUUGGUUGUUGAUCAUUGCUAGACAACCAUUUUCAGGUUUUGCCAUACAUUUUCAAGUAGAUUUAAGUCAAAACUGUAACUCUGGAACGUUCACUGUCUUCUUGGUAAGCAGCUCCAGUGUAAAUUUGGCUGCAAGGUGAACCAGGUUUUCCUCUAAGAUUUUGCCUGUGCUUAGCUCAAUUCCGUGUCUUUUAAGUCCUGAAAAACUACCUAUUCUUUAACAAUUACAAGCAUACCCAUAACAUGAUGCAGCCACCACUAUGCUUGAAAAUAUGGAGAAUGGUACUCAGUAAUGUGUUGUCCAGGAUCUGCCGUGAGAUGAGAGAGUCAUUCAAAAAUUAUGUUAAACACUAUUAUUGCACACAAAGUGAGUCCAUGCAAGUUAUUAUGUGACUUGUUAAGCAACUUUUUAAUCCUGAACUUAUUUUGGCUUGCCAUAACAAAGGGUUGAAUACUUAUUGACUCAAGACAUUUCAGCUUUUCAUUUUUAAUUAAUUAAAAUCCACUUUGACAUUAUUGGGUAUUGUGUGUAGGCCAGUGACACAAAAUCUCGAUUUAAUCAAUUUUAAAUUCCUUCUGUAACACAACAAAAUGUGGAAAAAGUCAAGAGGUGUGAAUACCUUCUGAAGGCACUGUAUACAGUGGGGAGAACAAGUAUUUGAUACACUGCCGAUUUUGCAGGUUUUCCUACUUACAAAGCAUGUAGAGGUCUGUAAUUUUUAUCAUAGGUACACUUCAACUGUGAGAGACGAAAUCCAGAAAAUCACAUUGUAUGAUUUUUAAGUAAUUAAUUUGCAUUUUAUUGCAUGACAUAAGUAUUUGAUACAUCAGAAAAGCAGAACUUCAUAUUUGGUACAGAAACCUUUGUUUGGAAUUACAGAGAUCAUACGUUUCCUGUAGGUCUUGACCAGGUUUGCACACACUGCAGCAGGUAUUUUUUUGGCCCACUCCUCCAUACAGACCUUCUCCAGAUCCUUCAGGUUUCGGGGCUGUCGCUGGGCAAUACGGACUUUCAGCUCCCUCCAAAGAUUUUCUAUUGGGUUCAGGUCUGGAGACUGGCUAGGCCACUCCAGGACCUUGAGAUGCUUCUUACGGAGCCACUCCUUAGUUGCCCUGGCUGUGUGUUUCGGGUCGUUGUCAUGCUGGAAGACCCAGCCACGACCCAUCUUCAAUGCUCUUACUGAGGGAAGGAGGUUGUUGGCCAAGAUCUCGCGAUACAUGGCCCCAUCCAUCCUCCCCUCAAUACGGUGCAGUCGUCCUGUCCCCUUUGCAGAAAAGCAUCCCCAAAGAAUGAUGUUUCCACCUCCAUGCUUCACGGUUGGGAUGGUGUUCUCGGGGUUGUACUCAUCCUUCUUUUUCCUCCAAACACGGCGAAUGGAGUUUAGACCAAAAAGCUCUAUUUUUGUCUCAUCAGACCACAUGACCUUCUCCCAUUCCUCCUCUGGAUCAUCCAGAUGGUCAAUGGCAAACUUCAGACGGGCCUGGACAUGCGCUGGCUUGAGCAGGGGGACCUUGCGUGCGCUGCAGGAUUUUAAUCCAUGACGGUGUAGUGUGUUACUAAUGGUUUUCUUUGAGACUGUGGUCCCAGCUCUCUUCAGGUCAUUGACCAGGUCCUGCCGUGUAGUUCUGGGCUGAUCCCUCACCUUCCUUAUGAUUAUUGAUGCCCCACGAGGUGAGAUCUUGCAUGGAGCCCCAGACCGAGGGUGAUUGACCGUCAUCUUGAACUUCUUCCAUUUUCUAAUAAUUGCGCCAACAGUUGUUGCCUUCUCACCAAGCUGCUUGCCUAUUGUCCUGUAGCCUAUCCCAGCCUUGUGCAGGUCUACAAUUUUAUCCCUGAUGUCCUUACACAGCUCUCUGGUCUUGGCCAUUGUGGAGAGGUUGGAGUCUGUUUGAUUGAGUGUGUGGACAGGUGUCUUUUAUACAGGUAACGAGUUCAAACAGGUGCAGUUAAUACAGGUAAUGAGUGGAGAACAGGAGGGUUUCUUAAAGAAAAACUAACAGGUCUGUGAGAGCCGGAAUUCUUACUGGUUGGUAGGUGAUAAAAUACUUAUGUCAUGCAAUAAAAUGCAAAUUAAUUACUUAAAAAUCAUACAAUGUGAUUUUCUGGAUUUUUGUUUUAGAUUCCGUCUCUCACAGUUGAAGUGUACCUAUGAUAAAAAAUUACAGACCUCUACAUGCUUUGUAAGUAGGAAAACCUGCAAAAUCGGCAGUGUAUCAAAUACUUGUUCUCCCCACUGUAUCAGUAUACUGCCUCUGAAGAGUGAGGCUCAUUUAUACCACAACUUAUGUUUUGUAUUAUUCUCCUAUGAGAUAUAUGCACACUACUACCCACAGCCCAUAGGGACAGGUGUCCAACCUGGCAACCGUAGAGAGAAGCUCAUUUACAGCACUCGGCUAUUUAUAUAUUUAGUCCCCUGUGAGGUACUCUGUAGCUCAGCUGGUAGAGCACGGCGCUUGUAACGCCAAGGUAGUGGGUUCGAUCCCCGGGACCACCCAUACACAAAAAAUGUAUGCACGCACGACUGUAAGUCGCUUUGGAUAAAAGCGUCUGCUAAAUGGCAUAUUAUUUUAUUAUAUUAUUAUUAUAUUAUAUUUAGGUACAACUACCCAUAGGGAAAGGUCUCCAAUCUGGCAACCCAUUAGUCUGUACAGCCACACGCCACUCCUCCCUCUCCAGGUUUCCAACCUGUACAGCCACACGCCCAACAACUGCUCUCUCUCGCUGUCUCUCUCUCUGUAUCUCCCUAGCCCUCUCUACCUCCCUCCCUCUCCCUCUCUCUCUCUCUUUCUCUUUCUCUCACCCCUACCUCAUCAGUGACUCUAACCUCUUACCCCUGUCUGUGUGUCUCAGAUCUAUGUGAGGGCCCAGUUUGAGUAUGACCCCUCCAGAGAUGACCUCAUCCCAUGCAAGGAGGCCGGGAUUCCCUUCCGGGUCGGUGACAUCAUCCAGAUCAUCAGUAAAGACGACCACAACUGGUGGCAGGGCAAACUGGAGAACACCAAAAAUGGAACUGCAGGGCUCAUACCCUCACCAGAACUCCAGGAGUGGUGAGGAGACACACACACACACUGAGUAGACACACACACGACGUGAUAGAACCCAGAUCUCCAUCAAGAUCUAGAGAAUCAUUCAGACUUAGAAACCAGCUCCAGACCUGACAAGCUAGAGCCUUUAGAGUAAUGUAGAGUAAUUUAACACACAGAACCCAUAUUUAGAGAGAACCCGAUCUAAGCCCCCAGAACGCACCCUCGAAGAACCCAAACAAAGCCUUGCAUGUUUGAGCAGAUGAUUUAGUUUUAUUGGGUGUAUUUCCCGCCAUGUUUGCAGGCGUGUGGCGUGUAUCGCCAUGGAGAAGACCAAGCAGGAGCAGCAGGCCAGUUGUACCUGGUUUGGCAAGAAGAAGAAGCAGUACAAAGACAAGUACCUGGCCAAACACAACGCAGGUACACAUACACACACACUCACAUCCACUCAAAAUGUUCCUCUGCUGUUACUGCAUGGAAUGUGAGGGUCUCACGUGUGUGAGAAGGUGGCAUGGGGGUAUGAGGGAGAGGGAGUGGUGGUCAAGGAAUGAGGGAGAGGGUGAGGUGGGCAGGGAAUUAAAGGUUAGGGAGAGGGAGGGGUGGGCAGAGAAUGAGGGGGAGGGAGAGGGUGGGGUGGGCAAGGUAUGAGGGAGAGGGAGGGAAACUGGGGGCAGGGAGGGCAUGGAGAGCAGGGAGUUCAGGUAACAGAACCUUGUAACCUCUGCUGGCUCCAGUGACAUAGUCAUAGCAGUGAGACCUGGUGCUAGGGCACAAGGGCAAGCUUAAAUAUAAGGGUGAGUGUGCAGUUAUCAAGUUGGCAUGUAAAGUAUGAGUGUGUGUGUGUGCUGCACGUGUAUCUGAGUGUGCAUCACAGGAGGUUGGUGGCACCUUAAUUGGGGAGGAUGGGCUCGUGGUAAUGGCUUAAGUCGCUCUGGAUAAGAGCGUCUGCUAAAUGACUAAAAUGUAAAUGUAAUGUAAAUGUUAAGUGGAAUGGUAUCAAAUACAUCAAACACAUGGUUUCCAUGUGUUUGAUGCCAUUUGAUUUGCUCCGUUCCGGCCAUUAUUAUGAGCCGUCCUCCCAUCAGCAGCCUCGUGGUGUGCAUGCACAUGAAUGUCUUGUUUGCAUGUGAAUAUACAUGUGUGAGAGUGUUUGGGAUUGAGAGUGUGUUCCAAAGUGCCUUAGACACAGACAGCUCACCACAUUAAAGACAGUAGCCAACAUUGAAAGCCUCAAACCUACUUUGUGUCUUCACCAAAGCCUCUUGUUUCCUAUGGAUAGUUGAGCACAGUGUGUGAGAUGUAGAGGGAAGCAAACGUGUCUGUGGAUCUCGGGUGUCUGUGAUCUCAAGGUGGCUGUCUCAACAGACCGGGCCAUGGUCAAUGUGCAGGAGAAACUGACACUGCCAUGUGUGUCUGUGCUAGGACUGGAGCGGCUCAAAUGACACCAGUAACCAGUAAGAGGGGGAGGGAGGGUGAGAAGGAGGUGGAAGGGAAGGGGCCAUGGAGAGGACUUGCAGAGUUAAGAGGGGUUGGGAGAAGGAAAGAGAGGGUUAGGGGAGGUACUGGGGAAGUAGAGAGCCUGGAAGUCGAGCUAUAGAGCUGGGAGGAGAUGGGUUGAGAGAGAAGUAUCAGGGCCCCCAGCGUAGUUGGCAGCAUGAACUGUCUAUUGCAGAUAGACACAGCCCUGACCUACCUGCCCCACAUUACGUUUCAUGACUGCUCAUUCUUUGUCCUUUAGCUGGGUUUCAAAUGAUGGUGAAGCCUGGGCACUCUCGGAACAACUCAGGCUUACACAGAUGAAUGUAGCUGGGUCAAUGAUCUAGGUCUUGACUUAUACUCCCAUACGUAUUUAUUUGGACAGUGAAGCUAAACCUUUUAAUUUGGCUAUAUACUACAACAUUUUGGAUUUGAGAUCAAAUGUUUUAUAUGAGGCAACAGGACGACCUUUUCUUUGAGGGAAUUUCCAUACAUAAAGUGCUUUCAUGUAUCUAGUCUUCCUAUUUGAAGGUGUCAUAAGUAUUUACAUAUAGUGUAAUAAAUGUUGUCAAAAGUUUAGUAUUUGGUCCCAUAUUCCUAGCACGCAAUGACUACAUCAAGCUACACACUUGUUGGAUGCAUUUGCUGUUUGUUUUGGUUGUGUUUCGGAUUAUGUUGUGCCCAAUAAAAAUGAAUGGUAAAUCAUGUAUUGUCAUUUUGGAGGCACUUUUAUUGUAAAUAAGAAUAGAAUAUGUUUCUGAACCCUUUUACAUUAAUGUGUAUGCUACCAUAAUUUCAGAUAAUCAUGAAUGAAUCGUGAAUAAUAAUGAGUGAGAAAGAGAAAAUAUCAACCCCCUCACCCCCAAAAUUCUAACCUCUCCUGUUAUUGGUAAUGGUGAGAGGUUAGAAUGUUUUGGGGGCAUUAUCUUUGUGCAUCUGUAACUUACAAGCGCAUGAUACCAGAGAUGCAUGCAAGCUGUAUGUGUAAAGAACCAACUGUUAAUGUUCAUAUUGCUUCUCCAAGUAACAGCAAAGCAUGCUAUUAUUUUGCUUUAGAUUUUUUGCUUGCUCUAAGCAUUCAUAUCUGACUCAUAUCUGAGUCUUUCUGAGUUUUUUUGCAUGACACAUAGUCUGAUUUUGAAUGUAGUCUCAUUCUCCUCAGGUACAGUUACUAAGAGGAUGAGAAAUGAUGUGGUGGAUAGCUAGCAGCAUGUUCACAGUACAAGGCCUAUGACUCUAGGCCCAUUCUAAUUCUAUAAAGAUGCAUAUUUCCUACUUUCCCUCCUCAAGAGGCCAGAGUGUGGUGCUCUGGGUAGAAGUUGCCCUUUAGACACAGAUCUCAGGUCAAUAUAACCUGCCCAAAUCCUAACCUUAACCAUUAAGGGGAAAAAUACAAUACUGACCCUAGAUCAUUGUCUAUGAGCAACUUCGUCCUACUCCGUUGGGUGACUAAUUUAAAGCAGUCAGCGCAUCAGCGCUUUGCUGCUGCAGUGUUGUAUUGCUGUAUGUAUAGUAACUACUGUAUUGUUGUGUAACUGAACCAUGUUAUGACCCUGUCCAUCUCUCACGCUGUCCCCCUCAAAUGGCCUCUCUGCAUGUAAGUAACAACCAGUGACAAGUAUCUGACUAGCUAACGCCUCUUUUGGUUUGGUCUGUUUCUCUUUCACUCUCUUUCACUCUGUUUCUCUCUCUGUCCCUCUCUCUAUCUCUUUUUAUUUGCGUUAUUAUUAACCCUUUAGUUGACCAGGUGUCACUCCCAAUGUUUCCAUUUUGUUUCUGUUUGCUCGUCAGAGCAACAGAGAUCCAGCACAAAACGGAAAGAACAUAGCUUGUUUUUUUGGUUUUCAUCCUCACCCAUAUAUUUUGUUUAUUUUGGUGUUGUGUGUUUCAGAUCUAGUCAGUUGUAUUCUAACAUGGUACAUCUGCCCAAGGGAAGCGUCCCCAUUUAAUAUCCCUGAAUAUCUUUCUCAGAAUGUGACACAUUGCGCACAAGGUUAUAGGUCGGCCUAAGUUCAAGGACACAUGCCAGCCAAUAAGAACAGAGCAGCAGAGAAAGCAGGAAGCAGGAGAGAGUGAGCCAUCCUCAGCCAUUAGAGAGAGAUAGAGCGAGAGAUAGAUAGCGAGAGAGAGGGAUGAAAGAGCAAGGAUAAAAGAAAAAGGAGUGGAGCGAAAGCAGGAGAAACUCUUAUAUUCCAGAGAGAGUACAUGGUGCUCCUGGUGUUGUAUUUCCCAUGUCAGCCACACACACACAGCUGUUAGGUUCAUGUUACAGUAGAGGUGAAAUUAGCAGUACCCUGUGUGCAGUACCCUCCACUGUAGGGUAAGGACACAUGCUCUUUGCUGUGUUCUGCACAGACUCCCAGGAGUGUCCAGUACUGUGUCCUACUGUGCUUUGUUCUCUCCUCCAUCUCAUUCAGCUCACCCCCUUCCAUCUGUCCAUCCAUCUAUCCCAUUGUUUAUUUUAAAAAAUGUAAAAACGUAACACACACACAUACAUUGUGGUAUCACUGCGCUAUUCGCUUACACAUAAUGGUCGUUCACCAGCUCUGCAGUAUUACCCUAACAGCUACAACGGUCACAUCUGUGUAGCCUCAGACUAGAAGGAAAACAUUGAGAAUAUUCUCCCUCUCUGUUUGCCACAUGUAAACAGUCUUAUCCCAAAUCUCUCUCCUUCGUCUCAUUUGAUUAGGGCAUUAACCUGGGUUAGGAUAAAAAACUCCUCAGAUUUAGUUAUUUGAUUUAAUGGUGUCAGGUUUAAGGACAUACACGCCAUUGAACUUAUACUACUCCAAGGAGAAGUUCAGGCUCUAUCUAUUAUUGUAACAUCAUAGUUCAUUUCCUCAUUGUUCAUUAUCUCCCAACUGUCAGAGACAAUAUGUCUACCCCUUCAUCUCAUGGCUAGCCUGGGUGCUAGUCUGUUUCUCUUUUAGCCACCUUGUCCUUGUCAUUCCCAGAUGUUGAUAUAGUGUUGUUGAAUGUUGAAACAGUCAUGUACCCAGGCUAUAAUUUUCUCCAUUAACAACUAACUGUCACAGGCAUUCUCUCUGUCCCAUAGCGCCACCUCACUGUUAGGGUCCUGUGUUCUCCCAGUGAACUACUAUGGAUGUCUGUCUGCACCUCUCCUCUCCUUCACAGUAUCUCACUAUCCCGCUCUCUUUCCUCCGUCCUCUUUUUCCAGUAUUCGACCAACUAGAUCUCGUCACGUAUGAAGAGGUUGUGAAACUGCCUGCGUUCAAGAGGAAAACACUAGUCUUGUUAGGUAAGUACAAGUAUCCAUACUAGCAUACUAUAGAGGGUUAUGAUGUAUUGGCAAACGGUACUAGGUAGUGUGCUCGUAUAGCGUUCUGACUGACUGCUCUCUCUUCCAAAGGUGCCCAUGGAGUGGGCAGAAGACACAUCAAGAACACACUCAUCACAAAACACCCUGACAGAUUCGCCUACCCCAUCCCACGUAAGACACACACGCACACAGAUUCGCCUACCCCAUCCCACGUAAGACACACACACACACAGAUUCGCCUACCCCAUCCCACGUAAGACACACACAGAUUCGCCUACCCCAUCCCACGUAAGACACACACACACGCACACAGAUUCGCCUACCCCAUCCCACGUAAGACACACACACACACAGAUUCGCCUACCCCAUCCCACGUAAGACACACACACACACAGAUUCGCCUACCCCAUCCCACGUAAGACACACACACACACAGAUUUGCCUACCCCAUCCCACGUAAGACACACACAGAUUCGCCUACCCCAUCCCACGUAAGACACACACACACACAGAUUCGCCUACCCCAUCCCACGUAAGACACACACACACACAGAUUCGCCUACCCCAUCCCACGUAAGACACACACACACACAGAUUCGCCUACCCCAUCCCACGUAAGACACACACACACACACAGAUUCGCCUACCCCAUCCCACGUAAGACACACACACACACAGAUUCGCCUACCCCAUCCCACGUAAGACACACACACACACACAGAUUCGCCUACCCCAUCCCACGUAAGACACACACACACACAGAUUCGCCUACCCCAUCCCACGUAAGACACACACACACACAGAUUCGCCUACCCCAUCCCACGUAAGACACACACACACACAGAUUUGCCUACCCCAUUUCAUGGACGAUACAUUCACUGACUCACGCACUCACUCACUUUGAACAUCCAUUGUGAUUAUCGUUCUUACUCAACCCCCCGACCCCCCUCUUCCUCCCUUUUUCCCUCCCCCAGAUACGACCAGACUUCCUAAGAAGGACGAGGAGAACGGGAAGAACUACUACUUUGUGUCACAUGACCAGAUGAUGCAGGACAUCAGUAACAAUGACUACCUGGAGUACGGUAGUCACGAGGACGCCAUGUACGGCACGCGGCUAGAGACAAUCCGCCAGAUCCACGAGCAGGGACUCAUCUCCAUACUGGAUGUAGAGCCACAGGUGGGGGGGGGAGGGUGUAUUUUCCGCUUGUGAACGCCGAGGGUCUUCUCAGGCAUAAUACACAAUCACAAACACACAGCCCAGCUGACCUGUAACCUGUUCUCCAUUAGGCUCUGAAGGUCCUGCGGACAGCAGAGUUUGCUCCCUACGUUGUUUUCAUCGCCGCGCCAACCAUCACCCCUGGCAUUAACGAGGUAAGACAUACACACACAUUGUCAACCUUUUGUUCUAAUAAUGGAACGGUCUGCAGCUGUAGCCACUCUUCUUUUUUCUGCACUCCUCCAUUUUCUUCUCUCAUCCCUUGCUUCAUUCAUUUAUUUUGCAUGCUGUGUGUGAGAUUCAGUUUUUCUGUUUGUCUUGCGUUCCGUUGCAUGGCUCUCAGCUCCCCAGGUGGUGCAGGAAGCUGCCAGUAAGUAUGAGUGGAGAAAACGCUGGCCAUGGUCAGUAGUGCUCUAUUGUGUUGUAUAGUAUGUUACCGUAGUAAACCAGCUCACUCCUUUCUCUGAGUGAAGGUUACUAUUCCUUCUUUAACACCAGGCCUAGCAAAGCACUGUCCUGAAUCCCUACCCAUCCACUCUAUAUCCUCCCUCUUUCUCUGUCAGUUUAAUUGAAUGGUGCUUUAUUGGUAAGACAUCUGUCUCUGUCUCAUUAUGUUUCUCUCCUCCCCUUUCUCUCUCUCUCUCUGUAGGACGAGUCAUUGCAGCGUCUUCAGAAGGAGUCAGAGAUUCUUCAGAAGACCUAUGCCCAUUAUUUUGACCAGACCAUAAUCAACAACGAGAUAGACGAGACCAUCAGACACCUAGAGGAGGCUAUAGACCUGGUCUGUACCACUGCACAGUGGGUCCCUGUGUCCUGGGUCUACUGA